AAAAUGUAAAUAUUUACCUUUUGCAUGAAAUCGUUUUUACUUGUUCUAACAUUUGUAACAUGUAAAUUGUUUUAAGAAUACUUAAAAUGAAACUCGGUUAUAUUUUAAACAAUAAAGAUCCAGCUCCAGGAGAAGGUUUAAGAUCUUUAAGAACGUCUAAUGUGUUUCGAGCUGUGAAUUUUGAGUUAUACACAAGGCCUAACGCGGUGGUGAUGGGGCUGGGGCUGUGCGCGCUCGCGGUCAGCGUCGGCUACAUCGCCUACAUGCGCCGCAAGUACGAGGGCAUGGGCUUCUACUCGGCCGUGUCCAGGGACGGGGAGGAGCAGUUCCUGCAGAAGAAGUCCAAGUGGGACUGAGACCCUCCGACCUACGUCCGUCUCCGGUGCUUCCGUUUCUGCGACGGAACAAUCGCUGUAAAUAAAAGUAGUAGUGGCCCUUUCCCUGCUCCCCCUCCCUGCUCUCAGUGUUUUCUAAUCCACAAACCCCCCCCCCCCCCCCUCCAAAAAAAAUAAUAAACCAUCUGAAGAAUA